GUGGGACCGUUGGUCGGUCGGGAACGAGGCUUCGUCAGGGAGGCCCGCACAGAGUCGUUGCCAUGGCAGCCGCUGCCGGGGGCGCGGACGAGGAGCCACGCUCCGGCCGCUCGAGCUCUGAUGGCGAGUGCGCCGUGGCGCCGGAGCCGCUGACCGGCCCCGAGGGCCUCUUCUCCUUCGCCGACUUGGGGGCGGCGCUGGGCAGCAGCGCGAGCUUCCCCGGCCGGGCGUCCGACGGAGCCCAUUCUCCACUGCGCUAUCUCCACGUCUUGUGGCAGCAGGACUCGGAGCCCCGCGAUGAGCUGCGUUGUAAGAUCCCUACCGGGCGGCUGAAGCGCGCCGCCAGGCCUCACCGCCGUCUUGGGCCCACGGGAAAGGAGGUGCAUGCUUUGAAGAGGUUGAGGGACUCAGCCAACGCUAACGACGUGGAAACAGUGCAGCAGCUGCUGGAAGAUGGCGUGGAUCCCUGCGCAGCUGACGACAAGGGCCGCACAGCCCUGCACUUUGCCUCCUGUAAUGGCAACGACCAGAUUGUGCAGCUGCUCCUGGACCACGGUGCUGAUCCCAACCAGCGAGACGGGCUGGGGAACACCCCUCUGCACCUGGCGGCCUGCACCAACCACGUUCCUGUCAUCACCACCCUGCUGCGAGGAGGUGCCCGUGUGGAUGCCCUGGACCGAGCUGGCCGCACGCCACUGCACCUUGCCAAGUCAAAGCUGAACAUCCUGCAGGAGGGCCACUCCCAGUGCCUGGAGGCCGUGCGGCUAGAGGUGAAGCAGCGGAAGCUCCAACAGUGGCCUGUGUUCGAGAAGCACAAGGCAGUCAGUCUGCCCAGAGGGCACAGGGUGCAAAUCAAGCCUCCUCAACUGGAACCUGAGAUCUUGGAUGAAGAGGCAGAUGUGCCCGGGAAAGCCCUUGACACACUGCAUCCCGCUGGCAGCAGUUGGUGA